AUGAGAGUGGUGAAGGAGCUGAUCGAGCUGGUUCAGGAUGACGAUCGUCUGCGGGAGGAGAGGAAGAAAGCCAAGAAGAACAAAGACAAGUACAUCGGAGUGUCAUCAGACAACACGGGAGGGUUCAGAUACUCUGAUGAGAGUGAAGGUAAGGGGCGUCGCUGGGACUCGGACUGGGAGCAGAAGGGGGCGUUCCCCUUCAGUGAGAAGGUGGGCGAGAUCGGCGGACGCAUCGGCAGCAGCAUCGAGGACACCAUCAGAAGCUUCCGGAACAAACCCCGAGACGACUCACCAGACAGGCUGAGUGACACAGAGGAGGAGAGGGGGCGUGGCCAGCAGAACGGCCAGACCAGCAGGGGGGAGUUUAAGGACGAGGAGGAAACCGUGGCGACCAAGAGUGUGCAGAUCGCCCAGGCAACCGAAACUACGGCAACACGCAAGCGAGGGGGCGUGCCCUCCAAGAAAGUCGACCUGGGGGCGGCGGCCUGCUACACCGGAGACUUAAGCCCCACCCACUCCACUAGCACCAAGACACCAGAGGCCCCCAGCCAAUCAGGACUCGGCCUUGUGGACCUGCUGUCGGUGGAGGCCACGCCCAGCCAGCCAGCACCAGCCAGUACAGCGCCGGCCCUCUCCUCAGGCUCCGCCUCCUCUGACCUGUUUGACCUCUUCAGCCCCGCCCACAACACCUCAGGCUCCGCCUCCCAGAGCAUCACCUUCACCAUGCCAACACACUCCAGCAACCUGUCACAGUCUCAAUCACAGGCAAUGGGGCAGAAGGCGGGUGUUCUGCAGGGUCCUAAAGCUGGUGGCGUUCCCGCCACAUGGUCUGAUUCCAACAUCAACAUCAGCCUGGACCUGCUGUCCCCACAGUCAGUCAAACCCCAGCAGCCCACUCUCAACAUGAUGCAGCAAGGUGUGCAGCAGGCCCCGGUCGGCAUGGCAACACAGGGCUUUGCGGGCAUGAGUCUGGGCAUGCAGAGUGGCACCCCCAUCCGGGCGCCUGGCAACCCCAUGAUGCCUGGAGGCGGCGUUGCCAUGGGGAUGCCCAACAUGGGCAUGCCUCUGAGCCCGGGCAUGAUGGGAAUGAACAUGAACAUGGGGAUGCCCGGCAACAUGGGGAUGGGGUUGCCUAGCAACAUGGGGAUGGGGUUGCCUAGCAACAUGGGGAUGGGCAUGAGUACUACGUCAGCAGCCAAACCAGACGCCUUCGCCGAUUUCGCCAACUUCAAAUGA